CAAAAGUUAUCAUCAAAUAUCAUUACUCUAUAUUUUUAAUUUAAGCACGAAAUACAAAUACUCGUUUACCCUUUAAUCAUAAACCCAAUAGAAGAAGCCGAAAGAAAUCCUCAUUUCACAGCUAUCACCUUAAACUCGACGAUGGAAAUAAUAUUUCAAUAUUCAUUACGAAAUGGGGAAUUUUACACAUGCAGGGAAAGUGAUGAGACUAACUUGGCAAACUUUGCUUUAUCUAAUGUGAUUGGUUCUUCUGAAGCCAUAUAUUAUUGGGGUUAUGGAGUAGAGAGGAGGAUCAAACUUAUAAUUCUAAUUGAUGGACCAGAUUUGAUGCAAGUUUGUAUAUCUCAUGUCUUAUCGAAAGAAGACUUUGAGACUCUAAACUUGAGCAGAAGUAUGAUGGAAAGAGGAGAAUGUCCGCUCCUCAUGGUUGUUUUUGAUCAUGCAGAAGGGUAUACUGUAGAAGCGGAUAAAUCCAUAAAAGACUUGACAGUAAUAAGAGAAUAUGUUGGAGAUAUAGACUUUUUAAAGAAUCGUGAAUAUGACGACGGAGAUAGGAUUAUGACACUUCUUUCCGCAUCUAAUCCUUCACAAUCACUGGUCGUCUUUCCAGAUAAACGUAGCAACAUAGCACCUUUCAUUACUGGCAUCGACAAUCACACACCGUAUGUUUCUUCCAUUUUCAAAUUUUAUUCUCUGCAUAUGUUGGAAAGUUACUUCCUAUUAGUAGCCUAAAAUAGUAUAGUGAGACAUUGGCAACUUCAUCUCAAAGAAUGGUUUUAGUAUGUACACACUUUCAAAGGCACACAUUGUCUCCUAUCUUGUAUGUUUUAGAAAGGGGAAAGUAUUUAAUCAAUGGUAGGAUAUUGAUAAUUAAGAGUGUUAAAAAAGAUAACAUAGUUAUAUUUAUCCUAAAACAUGUUUAACUUAAAGUCAGUUUAAUGCAAAUGGACUCAUUCGUGGAUUUAUUUUGAAUAGCAGUAAUAUUCACCUGGCCUUUUUAUGUAAUGCUAAGACGAGUACUUUCAACUUAAAAUCUCUCUUGAGACUCUGCAUGAUCAUUGCACUCAUGUCUAGUUUAACAUUUUCUUUUCAAUUGUUUUAUUUUAAAUAACUAGUACUAAUGAAGUUUCGUGUU